UUUUUUUUUAAUAUACAGAAGAAGAAGAUAAAAAAAGAAUACGCUUUGUUUGAUUAUUUUUUUCGUGUGUGAAAGACAAUGCCACGCGACCGCAACGACAACUCGGUCUCGCUUCAUGUUAGCGGGUUCAAGGAUAGCACUCGUCCUAGCGAUUUGGCUUCUCUCUUUGAACCUCAUGGUCGAAUUGCUGAUGUGUAUAUCCCAAAAGAUUACUACACUGGUCGUCCUCGUGGUUUUGCAUAUGUUCAAUAUUAUGAUGAGGAGGAUGCGCGUCGCGUCUACGAAUCAGGCGAGUCGUUUACUCUUGAUGGUCGCAAACUUGAAAUUCAAUAUGCACAAGGAAGGAGAAAGACUCCUAAUCAGAUGAGAGGACAAAGUGGUCGUGGAGAUCGCCGCCGCUCCCGAUCAGCUGACCGAUAUCGCCCAAGUGCACGACGCUACUCACGUUCACGCUCGCGCUCUCGAUCACCUGUGCGUCGCCGCAGGGACAGCCGUAGCCCUGUACGCCGUGCACGCUCCCGUUCCAGAACUCCUCCUCGACGCCGCUCUCCUUCACCUCGUCGUGCUGGUAACAGCCGUCGAUCACCAUCGCCUCGUCGUCUCCCCUCUCGAUCUCGUUCCCCUCCCCGCCGACGUAGCAUCUCACGUGAGCGUCCCUCUCGCUCGCGCUCUCAAUCACAUGGAGCUUCUCCUCGUCGCGCAGCCUCUCCUCGUCGUGCAGCUUCCCCUCGCCCCGCAGCAUCUCCUCGUCGCACAGACGGCUGGGGUGAAGAACCCAAGGUUAGCGAAUGGGAAGAAGGUAAUGGUGCUUAUGGCUCCUAUGGCUGGUAAUGGAAAGCGGAGGAUUGGCACUGGUGGAGUUUUUUUGGAGCAUAUUCGCCUAUCACUCUAAAUUGUGGCAUUUGAAUGGAUUCCUUUGAACUUGUUUUUCUUUUUCUUUUCCUUUUUUUCUUUUCUUACCACAUUACCAUAGCCUACUUUAGCCAUUAAGACUUUCAAUCCUCAUCAUAGCAAUUUAUAAAGAAAUAAAUAAA